GAGCGCAUUCUUUUGUUCGGCGCGAAAACAAAGCCCCGUGGUGCACGCAGGGAGCUGGGAACGCCCCCUUCAUUGCUCUCUGGGUCGUCGAUACACGAGCACCUAGUGCAGCAUGGCGUUGUUCCUGGGAUUGCCGGAAUGGCUUAUACUCGCAGCGACCGCUUGUGUCCUUUUCUACCUCUAUGCUUCUCGGAAUCGCAACUACUGGAAGAAUCAAAACAUUCCAUCAGAGCCAUUUGCCCUCAUAUUCGGUCCUUCGUUGAAGCUUUUCUACAAAGCCAUCCACGACAUUGACGAGGCGCGGUAUCGGAAAUAUGGCAAGUUCUUUGGGGCCUUCGAGUCUAACAAGCUCGUACUGUUUGUCGCCGAGCCCGAAUUGGUGAAGCAGGUCCUAGUAAAGGAUUUCCCAUCCCUCCCAAACAGAAGGACAUUCGCCUCUUAUGACCCUUUGCUGGACAACAUGAUGAGCAUCGCCCCUGUUGAACAGUGGAGGAAGAUUCGACCAGCUGCGAGUCCAGCAUUCUCCACUGGGAAGCUGCGAAAGAUGAAUUACUUGAUCGAGGACUGCGCAGUAACGACUGCAGAACACCUAAAAAAGGCAGCAUCCAAUAGAGAAGACAUCGAUGUCAAACAGUUCUUUGGUAACUACACCCUGGAUGUCAUUGCGAGGUGCGCUUUCGCAACAAGGCUGGACUCGCACUCUGACCAGACCAACGAAUUCGUCACCAGAUCGAGGCAGGCCUUCUCUGGACGCAUCACACCACGCCUUUUCCUUUUCUUCGUAUUCCCAGCACUCGCAAAGAUGCUAAGACUUCGACCCUUCAACUCGGACAUUUUUCUGUACUUCAAGCAGAUAUGUCAAAACAUCAUUAAGGGUCGACAGGACAAACAAUCGCGCCACGAAGACUUUCUGCAGUUGAUGAUGGAUGCUCAGGAAGGAAAUCUUGGCUCUACUUCGGAAAAUACCACUGAGCGUGACAAUGAGCUCUUCAACCUCGGUUCAGACGUGAAGCCAGAUACUUCGUUUUCGUCGAACAAGAGAUUGACAGAGGACGAAUCAAUGGCGCAGUGCAUACUGUUCUUCAUCGCUGGCCAGGACACAACCUCAACUGUCAUCUCGUACACACUGUACUUGCUAGCAAUCCAUCCCGACGUGCAGGAGAAGCUGAGGGAGGAAGUGGACGAGUGUUUCAAGGUUCACGGUGAACACCCCAACCUGGACGUGGUCACAAAGCUCAAGUACCUUCACUGCGUUGUCUCCGAGUCUCUUCGAAUGUAUCCUCCAGCGACACGAAUUGAACGAUCACCAUAUGAAGACUACGUUCUCGGAGACACGGGAGUGAAGGUGAAGAAGGGAGAGCUGGUAGCCAUUCCCGUUUACUCCAUGCACUACGACCCACAGUAUUUUCCUGAUCCUUUCAAGUUUGACCCAGAAAGGUUCAGCGACGAGAACGUAGAGUCCAUACAACCGUACACGUACUUGCCGUUUGGAGCCGGGCCCCGCAACUGCAUCGGCAUGAGAUUCGCCCUGCAAGCCGUGAAGCUGUCCAUCCUGUACACCAUCCGCAACGUGAAGGUGGUUCGGACUGAAAAGACAAAAGUGCCUCUGGAAUUCCAGAAUGGAUUCAGCGUCCUCACGGCCAAGGACAUCACAUUAGGAAUCCGGCAACGGGGCUAGCAACUGACUUUUUUUUUUUUUUCCGAUUUACAUUUUGAGAACGGAGAACUGGAUGUGUCAACGGCUCCAUCUAUAUGUGUACAGUAGAAAAAAGUAGUUUUCCAGUUGUGCAGUGAAUAUUAUUUCUGCAACACGAAGUGGGCAAAAAAAAAAAAAAUGACAGCCUAGAAUAGUUGUUGCAUGUUUUUUCGCGUUUAUGAGGAAAUUUCCGUAUAUUUUUAUUGUUGUUUCCUCCUCUUCAUCUCUAAUAUUUCAAUACCCUCAGUCCCUUACCCGAAAAGGGAUCCGAAAGCCGGAUUAAAACACUGCCUAACCUCAG